AUGAAUUCCUUCUCUUUCGGCGAUGGACCGCCAUCACCCAGUCGACGAAACGAUAAAAAGCGUAACCGAGAGGAGGAUGGGCCUAGUGGAGACACUCCCCGGCCCCGUGGCACGUCGGACUUUAACCGUCGAAGAUCCAACGGAAAUGGUCGCUACUUCAACCCCCGCAACCGACAAAGUUUCGGUCAGCGAAAGCAAAACAAAGGGAAUAACGGCGGAAACAACAGCGGCCCGUCGGGGCAAGCGAAUAAACCGCCCAGAAAGCUAUUCCAAGGGCUUAACGUCCUAACUACAGAAAUUGGAGAUACCCAACAAAUGAUUGACCAUCGGUGCGACCUUGCGCGCCAGUCAGCUGUUCACCUUGCUGAUCUGGAUCUCAAUGCUCAUUCGGAUAUCGUUAUGAACUACGACCUCUUCGACGAGAAACGUGGCUUUUUGAAAAAGGAGGAUGGCUUCGACUAUCUCCAAUCAAGCGCAUCGGAACUCACUGACUGCGGUUACACGUCUAAUAACCACGUUGUACACCGUAACGCCCCGUUCGUAUCAGCAAACCACUACGAGGACAUCCUCAGCACUGCCCUCCCUGUUUACAACAACCUUGUGCUCAGCUUCAGUUGGGUGCCAGAAGACUGGAAGGGUGACAAAUAUCAGUUUCACCUGUUCACUCGUGUCACUGUCCAAAUCAUGGAAGAAACACUCACAAAGUUGCACAUCAGCUGGGAUGAGAUCCGAUCCUUAAUCGUCGUUAAUAACAACGGUGAAAUAAUCCAGCCCACGUCCGAUAAUCUCACUCGCAAUAACAGAGCCACAGUGAAAGGAAUUCGCUUUCGUAGCCUUUUCCCAACGCUAAAGUUCAUUAUCCUAGCCAAUGGGGCUCUCUCGCCGGUUGACCCAUUUCAUCAUGCCUAUCAGAUCCCACGCUGGGCAAUGCUUUUCACCUUCACUGAACGCCUGAGCGGAGGAAGAGGCUUCACCGUCGUCCCAAACAACGGAGUCAAGAUUCUGUCCGUACUUCGUGCAGUUCUUGAGAGAUGGUUCCACUAUGUGCUGAAUUACCCGGGAUCGUUUACCUUUCAUCAAAAGUCAAACGUCCUUAACGUUCUCCCCAUUGCAGCAAUCUUCAACACUACCAUCAGCAGUAUGAAUGUUGAGACCCUCUCUCCGAAUGCGGCUGAAUUUGACGAAUGGAUCUCCCGCCUAGAUCCGCUCAUCUUCGACAAAAGAUUUCACACGAUGUCCAGGACCAUCCCGCGAUUUUAUCAUGACAUCAGCAGAGCGAUCAUUGUGCUCCAAGAAUAUUUCAAAGCAGGUACUCGCUCCCACUGGUUCUCCAUGACAUCAGUAGAGCUCUUCAUCUCAAAACUGGAACUACAGCGAUCCUCCGCCAAUCUAGCUGACACCAAGCUAACCGUCAAGAUGCUUCAGGACCCAGAUGUAAUGACCUCCAAGGCCGAACUCGCUAAACGUACAAACCAUCUGGCCAAUGACCUCUCUAGGUCAAAGGAUGAUGGUCGAAUUACAUCCUCCGUGGACCACAUUGUUAGAAAUACUACCAUGGGCAAGACAGUCGCGGAAGCCGAGUCCCAGCUCAUCAAAGCUCAUGAAGAACGAUGCCGUGCUGCCUCGGCCAUUCAGAACGUUGCUCUUUAUACACACUCAACCAACCGCAUCCAGAACCACCAGAUAAUUGAGAUCAGAAAAGAACUGGUUGCGUCUGCUACUACUCCUGAAGAAAGAGAAAGGAGGCAGCGUGCUCUCGACAAAGACCUGGCCUUUAAUCUGCAUCACGACAGGCACUUUAAUACUGACGGUACGCUUUUUGGCUCUCUCACCAUCUUGAAGGACAAAAACUCGGCUCCUGCUGUGGUCAGCCUCAAAGACGAUUCCAAAGUCUCUCUUACUGGCUACAUGUCCGAUACUCCAAAUGAUCAACUUGCUCGCCUGCACGAAGCGGCCUUCCACAAGAAGGAACUCUCCACCUCGCAUUACUACUACAAAGCUGGCUUGCCUGAGGGUAGUCGUUCGUUGCAAGUAAACACUAAUCCCUUCACCGCCGUCCAAAACGAGGUGCCGAGCGAGAUAUCCUUCCAAAACGCUUCUCCCUUGGACAACUCAAUCACGGAAGCUGAAAUGCCCUCAAAUGAGAACAUUCGUCAGGAUGAUGAUCGUUCUUCAACUUACUCCUCCGAUCUUCAAGCCGAGGAACUCACUCAGCGCCUCAAUGAGUCCAAGGUAAAGACCACUAAACACUUUCUCUUCCAAAAGACGCUGUUGGAUCACAACAUUGCGAUUGAACAGUUCAGCGAUGAUGAAAGAAGUGAGGUAUCGGCCAUUAUUCAAUCCGUCCAGCCUCCAGCUCCUGAAAAUCAAGCUGAAAUCUCUGCCCCGACAAUUGUACAAGUGAAAACCAUUGACCCCCAAAAGGGCCAAGUCGAUCACGAGCUAACUGAUCAAUUUGCGACAGGGACAGAUGCGAAAUGGAACGCCAUCAGCAAGAUUGAGGAGCAAAACAGCUGGAUUAACACUGUAGAAACAUUUGACAACUCUGAGGAUUUCAUAUUGAAGAAGAAGCCUGUUGUAUUCUCCUCGGUGGAAAUGUUCAACAACGUCAAGGAUAAGGCCAGUGUCCGAACCCUGAAGAUCGAAAAUGCAAUCAGCAGAUUCACUGGAAUCAGCAACAAGAAAGAACUCGGAGUUCUUGUUAGAACAUGGCACUCAAAUAUAUAUGAGCUCAGGGGCAUCCUCGUUAACAACCUCCGUGAUACAAUCAACACGGACGAUAAACGCAAAAUUGAGAGUAUGGAGCUUGAUGAUGCUGCAUCUCUUGAAAAUUGGAACAACUUUCUAGCGGGAGUCAGAGUAUAUCGCCUGGCUAUGUAUGACCCCGAAUCCCUCAUUUCGAUGCUCUUCUGCAAUGCUGACACGCUCAUGUCAUAUGUUCCAAUUCCUCCGUCCAAAAUAAUCUACAAUUGGGUCAAACUUAUGAUAAUGGACAACAAAAAGGACAAUGGUCCAAAGACGCCUCAAAACAUCCUUCUUUCGCAACUGGUGGCGCUCGGCCUGCUCGUCACCAGCAGAAAAUCGCACGUAGCGGUUUACAAGCGGGAUGAUCUACCUGGACAGCAUCUCUUAACGAGCAAACCCAUCUACGCCAGGAUCCUAAAGGUCAGUCCUGCCCUGGUUUCAAGGCGCUUCAAUAUGCAAGAACUUAACUUCACUAUUUUUGACUGUCCAAAGCUGGCUGAAGAAAAGCCAGGCUUCAAAGCUUUUCUUAACGAAGUUACUAGCAAAUUGCUUGCUAAUACUCUGCUUUGCGGCUUUCUCUGCUGGCUUCGGGACCGCAAUUUCAUCUCAUCUUGUUCUUAUAGGGGCCUUCUAACGCUUAAUGACUCUGAAGAUGACGAUGAUGACGACUCUUCCUCCGGCCUCCCACCCCUUUUACAUCCUCCCCUUCUCCCAAACUUCAAACAAUAUAAAAAUCUUCUGGAAAUCGAAACCACAACCCAACGAGAGAAGAAAGUUCUCCAAUUCUUUGAAUCAGGUACUGUUCCUAGAAUGCCCUUCUCUCAUAAUAUUCCGAGCCCUGAGGUCUUGGCUAAAGGUAAAGGCCUGGCUGGUAUUUUGCCGCCGACCAGUGAGCUCCCAGCUCUGAAAAAAUCCAUUCGAUGCCCAGUUCCUACCUCAGGUGAUCUCUCUGCGGCAGUUAUCCAGCAUAAUGAGCAAAUUAUUAAUGCCGCUGAUAACAUUGUGAUCAUCAGCGCGAACCUUGGUAACUGCAGAUCCCUUGACAAAAUUAAGCGACUAGUAAACCAUCAUCGCUCAGCCCAUAUUUUUUGUAUUAGUGAAUUGUUCAUGGAAAAAGAUGUGGCGCUGGAUAAAUCAAAUUGGCCUAAUGGAUUCCAUAUUCAUGUAGGCAUGCCCUCUCGCGACGGCAAGAAUCAGAUCUUUACAAUGAUCAUUCUACGCAAUAAUAUUACUGUUAAGAGGAUGAUCCCCGAUCUUCAUCAAAACCUGGCGCUUCACAUUGACGUCAAUGGAACUCAACUUCUCGCCUGCUGUAUUUAUAACUUCUGCGGCGGCCGUUAUGAUAACUACAAAACCAAGUACAACGUUGAUGACUCGGCUUUUCUGCUGGACCUCGCCAAGGUUAGUCAAGAAAAGGGUGACUCUCCCUGCUUCAUCACCGGGGACUUCAAUCUCGAACUUGCAAAAAAUAGCCCCAAAUUUGCUCGAAAGUGUGACGCUGUAAAAAAUGCCCUGCGUGAGCUUCGCAACGGCCAUACCCUCGAGUCAGCAAUUGAUCAUUUCUUCCUCUUCUCCGGCAAACUCGACCUCACCAAAGCUCUCUCCAAACCUGGUGAUCACAGAACAAGUCUUCAAUCUGACGGACACGUCGGCCUAGUUACCGUACUUCCCAUCCGCCCCCCAAACGUGCCUGAGCGCCCGCUUGAGCUCACCCUGUCAUCCUCGUCUCUGCUGUGCAAUGAGACGAACUGCCGCUGCGACCACGGAGCUCCACGUGAGUCCUGUAUCACCGAAGCAGGAGCGUUUACCUUGUAUGCGGACGAUGUGGCAGCCGCGGUGUUUGGAGCCGACAUCAACGAUGUCAACGCUGGCAUUGCGAGUACUGCUGAGGGCGCCGCUGAUCGAAUCGAGAGCCUGGGGCUUAGAGUUGCUGAUCAGAAGACUGAAGUACUCUUAAUAAGUAAGUCCGACCAUCUCCCCAACAUUAACAUCAGAGGCCAAGCCAUCCCUGUUUCCAACUCCCUUAAAUACCUCGGCGUAACCCUUGCAUCCGUAAAUGGCAAGUUGUCCCUUAACAAUCAUGACAAGAUUAUCACGUGCAGGUUGCGGAGCAAUCAUCACAAGCUAGCCACUCUAAGAGGCGUCGUCAGUCCAAAAGCAAAUGCCCAAAUGGCCCGAGGCCUAAACUACGGAAUCAUAAAUCACACUGCAGACUAUAGGCCUAUCCCGCCGCAAUCCACAGUGAACACAUGGCAGCGUAUUCACUGUAACUCGCUGUUGGGUCGUACACCUCGGCCUUGGUACAUCAUUGAGAUGCAACGUAAAAUGGAAGAGGAACAGCUCUCUUCCUCGUCCGCAUCACAAAAGCCUACCCUUAAUCUCCCCAUUGACUUCAUCAGGCUCGAGUACGGCAAGCCUGUAGCUGAUGAUGACCUCAUUGUCCUGGACAGAUACGGUCAACCCACUGUUCUCGACAAUAUGGUCACAAUGGGGGUUAAUAAUAUGCAUAAAGUCUGGAAACUGCAUCUCCCGGUCUGUGCAUGGGAAUCGCUUAAGCUCUCCUUGAUCCUAGUUGACCGCAAGGGAAACAGGGUCGGUGUGCUUCCGGACUUCGAAGUCAACUUCCUCGGCCAACGACUUCAAAUGGUGAUGGAUGAUGUUGAUCCCGGCUACGCAGUCGAGUAUGUGCUGUACGAUAUAAAAACUGGCUCAUACAAGGCUAUUACUCAUAUCGAGAUUCAGUCACCAUCCUUCAUCGCUGGCCGAAAUGUCCAUAUGGCUAUUACAACAGCUAUAGCAAACACUUCGGCUAUGAUAAGAACAACUUUCUCGUAUGGCUUGGCGUCAAACAGCAGCUACCAAGCCCUGCCACUCGGGCGAAAAUUCGUUCUGCUCGACAGGCAUGGGAAAACAUCGCGACUGCUCGGAAUUCAGCCUGGAAGUUGGAUGUUCGCUGCUCACUCUCCAUCGCUGAGAUCAAUGAGGCCAAUCCUUCUUCCUUCCCGAGCGACAUGCUAUUCGAAUCGUCAGAGCCACAUCUGGACGCUCGAAUUAAAAGCUGCCAGCAUCGCCCUCUACGGUGACUUCUUCAUUCUCCCAACCGCAGGAGCUGCAGUUAUUCUCAAGGACAAGAAGGGAACUGCGGGCGCCUGGAUCAACAUCAGGACGGUUGAGCUGCUCCAGAGAUCAAAUGAUGCCAUGAAUGCUCUCCCAUCAGUUCUCAUGAAGCUAUCCCACUACUACACGGUUCUUCGAGCUUUUCGUCAAACUGGGCUCUUCAGCAAUCUCGACUCAAACGAGCAAAUCGCCUCCAUCGCAGUAAAUCUCUGCUCUCAGCCCUGCAAGAGUGAGAUUGCUGUCCUCAAGACUGAUAUCGUCUCCUUGAUUCACAAGUUCGGCUGUGGGGAUGAACACACCGACAUCUUUGAUUAUGCCCACGGAAAAUCACUACCACACUCUGCGUUCUUAGGGAUCAAUAAGGGCAUACUCGAGCAAGACCUUAUCGAAAUUACUCAAUUUGAGUGGAAUAUGAUGGAGGAGGUUGCAUCAUCAUCCUUCGGUCACUCGUUGUCCACGCUCCUGAACAAAAUGGCCGCGCACGUCUCAUCCUCCAUGUGCAACUUCUGCUCCACGCUUAAGGACGUCGUGGAUUCCCGGGACGCUGGUGCCUCCAAUGCUGAUCUGGAAAACCGUGCCGCUAAUGCUCAGAAGAUCUUAAUUGCCUUCAUAAACAAGCUCAAAGCCAUCAGCACAAACCGUAAGUCUGGUGAAUCUAGGCGGAUGACCGAAAGCCUCUACUCCUUCAUCCCCGCCGGUGAGGAAUCUAGGAUGAUCCGCCACCUUCUUGAGCACCAUGCUUGUCUAAUUCAAGCCACUGGCUUUCUAAAAACGCGUCCCACUCGUCCAGCGCUUCAUGUGCUUUGGAGAUCAAGAGCUCUCACGAUCCUCGUCGUCAACGAUUGCUGUAAGCUUCUCAAACUACUUGUAGCUGAGAUGGCUCGCAUCACGGGUCCGGGAAACCCCUCCGUCGUUGAUCCCGAGCUGAAGGAUCACUGCACUCUCGCAAUGACUCUUCUGAGCAUCGUAGCGAAAACAAAAUCCAAAUUGGAGACCAAUGGUGGCAAUGCGUUUUCGAAAGCCCUGGCAAAAGUGGAGCUGGCCAUUAACACCACUUUAUUGAAAGCCUCUCCCUCUUUCACCAUUUCGCGAGAAAAAGCCCGUGCGAUCACACGUCCGGCCAAGAAUCUCUGUCCAGUUCAGAGCAUUGAAAAAGCGGAUCAAGCUGAGCUUGACCGCUUCCCAUCACUCAUUGACCCAGAACUUUCCAUCAUAAAAGCUAUGGCUGAAGCGCAGCUUCAACUCCUAACUAAUAUCUUCCAAGGAUCUAUCACCACCUCCGGUAGCGAUGUCAUCGACCGAGGCUGCCCGCUUCUUUCCAUGACUACUCUAAACGACUCCUCAUCUCUUCCCUCGGGUGAAGAAGCCAACCUUGCGCUUGUGGAGUCAAUCCACUCGCUUCGUCUUCGCGCCCUGGUUGAUUCUCGCAAGAGGCGAGGUGAUUUUCUCGGCCGGCCUACUCGUUAUGGACUAUCCGACCGAAUAAUGGCAUCAACUCCAGCUGGUGCGGUCGGUGAGGAGAUCUUGCAUCCCAAUCACACUUACGAGACCGUGUACGCAGCGACUGCUGUUGUAGAGCCUGCAAUCAUCCGACUGGAUGAUGAUGAAGAGCCAUCCUCCUCUGGCAUGAAGCUUCGCUCAGCAAAAUAA